AUGGCUUCUUUCCCCGCAAAUACCAAGGGUUAUGUCCGACCACUGAACCGCGUCCACGCCUCGCUCUACACCUCCGAUAACCAGCGCAGAUCCAAAAUGGGCGUAGACUGCGGCUUCGAUGUCUAUCCCUCGCUCAGCCCGCAAUGCCAAGGCCAAUACGAGGCUUUUCUUGAAGAAGUCAUCCAGAAAUACAAAGACGCACUUCACCCCAAUACCGGGGAACCCUUAAUCCAGAUCAUCGGCACACCAGAGACUAAAAACGCUUACGUCUUCUUCAAUGUUGGCGAAGGCCCUGUGAUACCUUACCGCUCCGAGUACUUUCUGCGCUUCCAGUCUAAGCUCGUCAGCCGCGACAAUGUAAUGCCAUAUCUGAGGGAAGUCUACUUCAUCGCCCAACGACACUUCCCCGACAAUGUCCAUUUUUGGGCAACUGGAACGUCACCGGCUUUAAUUAGACUAUUGGAUAAGAUACCAGAUAUAAGAGAAGAGGAAGGAACCGUUCGUGAGGAUCAUCAAUAUAUAUAUACGAUGUUGCGAGAUAUGAGACGUCUGGCAGAAGAGGACCAAGAGCGAAGCACACAGGUUGAUUUAGAAAAGGAAGCUGCUUAA